CGAAGCUGCAGCAUCCUCCGUGCGGGCGUGUCUCCGCGGCUUAUCUUGCCCUCCUCCUCCUCGUCUUCCUCGGACUGCCGGCGCGAUGGCGAAGCCGCUGACGGACGGCGAGAGGCGGAAGCAGAUCAGCGUGCGCGGGCUGGCGGGGCUGGGCGACGUGGCCGAGGUGCGGAAGAGCUUCAACCGGCACCUGCACUUCACGCUCGUCAAGGACCGCAACGUGGCCACGCGCCGCGACUACUACCUGGCGCUGGCGCACACGGUGCGAGACCACCUGGUGGGCCGCUGGAUCCGUACGCAGCAGCACUACUACGAGCGCGACCCCAAGCGCAUCUACUAUCUUUCCCUGGAAUUCUACAUGGGCCGCACACUGCAGAACACGAUGGUGAACCUGGGCCUUCAGAACGCCUGUGACGAAGCCAUCUAUCAGAUUGUUUAA